AUGACUCAAGGUCAAUGGAUUACUAAAUCUGGUGGGAAAACGGUUGAGGCUAACAAGCCAUGUUUGAAGAUUACAGUGCCCCGGUUUGAUAACUCGGAACUGAUUGCGUCUUAUGACAAGACUCUCAUUGGGAGGUGCAUGAACCCUCAGAAACAAGACAUGAAAGUUCUUCUCUUCAUGCUGCCUAGGAUUUGGCAAGUUGAGGAGCGUGUGGUGGGCACGGAUCUGGGCUUAGGGCGUUUCCAAUUUGUCUUCCAGGAGGAGGAAGAUAUUACUGAGGUUCUUAAGAUGGAGCCCUUCCAUUUUGACUAUUGGAUGGUGUCGUUGGUGAGGUGGAAACCGGUGCUGGAAGUUAAUUAUCCAUCAAGAAUCAACUUCUGGGUGCGAGUUAUGGAUAUCCCUCUUCAGUUUAGGGCUGCACAAACUUUCAGGAGUGUUGGAGAGGCUAUCGGUAAGGUUCAAGGGGAGGUGGAUAUGCGAGAAGGACGAGUUCGAGUUGAACUGGAUGGCUUCAAGCCUUUGGUAUUCUCUAUGGCAAUCGAGUUUGAGGAAGGAGUGGAGAUCAUGGUAUCACUACGAUAUGAAAAGUUAUUUGGGUUCUGUAAGGAAUGUUUCUGCAUGACACAUGAUCAGUCAAGGUGUCCUAAGCUGCAGGAAGAGGUGAAGAGUGGGGACAAAGAGAUACAAGGCAAAACGGAGAAUGGGCAACAAGCAUCAAGCUAUAAAGGGGCUGUCACAAAUGGUAGUGGUUACGAGGGUUCAAGCAGAGACGCUCAACACAAAGCUCCAUCGAGGAGUGGUAAUAAGGGCAAGGGCAUUGCUAGGGAGAGACCGGGGCCCUACCAGCAAGCAGGAAACUAUCAGGCCUAUAAAGAAAGGCUGCCAAGAGGUAAUGGAGAUGGAUCUUCGUUCCGAGGGAGAUACUAUGGUAACCAGGCUGGGAGAUAUGUGCCUCAGUACCCACGCAAUGGAGAGGAUGGUCACCAGAAAUUGAUGAUGGAUGCCUUUAAAGGUGGGAGUCGCUCUUCUUCUCAGGUAGCUGCUCAAACUAGUGGUGUGAAGAAGAAUGGUGAAACUCCUAAAGCUUGCAAAGCACUUCUCUUCAACGAGGAGUCUGAGAAUGGAGUGGAGAAGGAGGCGGCAGCGGUAGAGGUUUUAAGCAAGGAACAGAAGGAGAUGGCAAAUGUUCAAGCUCAACGGGUGCCAGCAGGGAUGUUGGUGCAAGACAAUGAGGAGAAAGAGACGUAUGAAUCAAACCCCCUGGAUGACGCGAACUUGAUGGUGGAGGGAGCUAGUCUCUCGGACUCUGACCUGCUUGUUGAUGUGGUGGAGGAUGAGUAUAAGGAGUGGGAACAAGGUGAGAUCACUGACUUUAUGGAGGAGGAAGAAACGAUGGUCCAAGACAAGGAAGCAGUAGGGGAUAUAGUGGAUGCUCAGGAACAUGAAUCUGGUGUCGACGAGAUGGGGGAGGAGGAGCGUGACAACAACGAUGAGAACCGAGAGAAGGCACCAAAGAAGAAAGGAGGACGGCCAGGACCACUUGCGAUUGGAGGCUCGACAAAGAUGCGUCUGGUUCAGGGUUUGGUAUCCCCUCGCAAGAAGAACGUGGCAAAGACAGGGGGGAAGAUCGGUGACAAGGGAGCGGGGGCAUCAAAGAAGGCCACCAUGAAACCAAAGACAUCUGAGUAA